AGCACGUGCGAUAACGCGGCUGUCAAGUUUCCUGCUGUUUUCUAUAAAAAUUGCAAACAUAUUAGUAAUAUAGUGAUGAAACUACUGUAAACUUGAGUCUAAAACCAGGAGAUAGACUUUCGAAAAUACAAGCUACAUGUUGACCUUGAGGAAAAUUGGAUCAUGACCUAAAUAACCGGCAUAUGUGAAAAAAUAUGCAGCAAGACAUCGUCAGUACUAACAAGAAAGUGAAUGAGACUAGUGAAGAUAAGUUAUCAGUAUCGACAGUCGAUUCAUUAACUAAUGACUUUGAUGAAGAUAUUCGAAUUGGUGAAGAGUCCUCGUCUUCCAGUGAUGAGUUCGACAUACGGAAGAAGAACAACAUCUACUACUUCAACGAGAAUCAAGAGAAUGAAAGCCCAAAAUUCUGCUUGACGAAGAAACAACAUGCCCCGAAACAUCCAAGGCUGAGGACGUUCUACGACUCCAAACCAAAGUACCAAGAUGCAUCAAGAUUACUGCGAUCCAAAGCCAAAAGUGAAGAAGAAGAUGAUACUGAUGACUACAUGACACCUGAAGAAAACAGAAUGGUGAUAAAGACGAUCAUGGUAGGCGGUGACUUUCAAGCACAAGUUCCAGACGGCUUAUGUCACUAUGACGACGCUUUGCCAUACGAAAAUGAAGAUAAACUUAUCUGGGACCCAUACAUCUUGUCCAGCGAUAUUGUUGAGGAGUAUUUGAAGAAAGCUGCAGCUGUCCAUAGGCCUUUCUUGCCAAUGGGGACACAUUUGCGGGACAGUGAACCAGCACUGUACUUACUACAGCAAUGUGGUCACAACGUAGAAGAAGCUUUGCGGCGACAUAAGAUGAAUGCCAACCUGUUUGAUGAAAAAAUGUCUCCAUGGUCUGAAGAGGAAUGCAGAAACUUCGAAGCUGGUGUGAGAUCAUUUGGUAAAAACUUUUAUUUGAUGCAGCAGAAUAAAGUGCGCACCAGGUCAGUAGGAGAGCUCGUGCAGUUUUACUAUUUGUGGAAGAAAUCGGAAAGGCAUGACCUGUUUGCGAACAAGGUUCGUCUAGGGAAGAAGAAAUAUACUCUGCAUCCUGGAGUAACUGAUUUUAUGGACAGGUUCUUGGACGAACAUGAAGGAGCUAUUGAGAGAACCUCCUCCCCAUCACUUCAGCAGCCUGAAGUAGAAGCUGAGGAAAAUAAGGUCCAGGACGAGCCAGUCUCAAAGUCAUAA